CCACCCCCAGCUGCGGCCUUUCCGAUCGCCGUCCACGCGAGAGAGAUGCUGCUGGGAGGGAAGGCGGCAAGGGGACCGGGGCCCACGCCGCCCCCUCCCGACACCCCAAUCUCUGCUCAAGGCUGUCUCAGGCCCCACCUACGCUCCCCUCCCUCCCCCCGGGGACCCUUGGCGCUGGGCCGACCCCACCGCGCCCCCUUCUUCCAGAGCACGACGGGCGCCCAACCCUCCACGCCGCCCGUGGGGCUCAGAAACCUAACGGUCGGCCAGGCAGCGGUGGCCGAGGCAGCCCCGUCCGGAUUAGCGGGGGGUCCCACGCCGCCCCCGGGACUGGCGGAGGCGAUGGGGGCGCUGGGCCUAGACGGGGAGCGCGAGUACGCGGGGGACAUCUUUGCCAGCGUCAUGUUCCCCCAGGCUGACCGCCCGCUCCCGAGCCCGGACCUCUCUCCCGCCGUGACCCCGGAGAUGCGUGCCCUGGUGGUGGACUGGCUAGUCCAGGUGCACGAGUACCUGGGCCUGGCCGGGGACACGCUCUUCCUGGCCGUGCACCUGCUGGACUCCUUCCUGCGCGCCGCCUCCUCGGUGCGCCCGCGCCGCCUGCAGCUCCUGGCGGUGGCCUGUUUUUUCCUGGCCUGCAAAGUGGAGGAAUGCACGUGCCCCGAGCCCGCCUCCCUCUGCCUCCUGGGCGCCGACUCCUUCUCCCCGGCCGAGCUGCUGCGGGCCGAGCGGAGGGUGCUGAGCCGCCUGGACUUCCAGCUGCACUACCCGGGCCCCCUGCUCUGCCUCCGCCUCCUCGCCGCCCUGGCCCGGGCGCCCCGGCAGGUCCUGCUCCUGGCCCAGUACUUCCUGGAGCUGUCCCUGCUGGAGGCCGCGCUGCUGCGCUGGGAGCCGGGGCGUCGAGCCGCCGCCGCCCUGGGCUUGGCUCGAGGGACGUUGCAGGAAGCGGCGGGAGCCCCCGGGCUGGCGGUGUACAGGUACCGGGGGCCCCCCGGGGACGGGACAGGUGGGACCUCCCGGGCCGCUCCACCUCGCCCAGCCCCGGACCCCAUUCCCUCUUUGCCGUUCCUUUCCUCCGGCGCAGCGAGGCGGAGCUGGAGCCCAUCCAAACCUCCAUGGUCCGGUCGGCGCUCAGCGCCCCCGCUCCGGGGCUCGGGGCCAUCUUCCUCAAGUACGCGCGGCCCCAGCGCCUGCAGACCAGCCUCACGGCCGCCUGCCUCCUCCGCCACCGCCGCCGCCGCCGGCCUCAGCCCUGACGGUGGCCCCGGCCUGGCCGGCCCCCUCCCCUGGGCCGCUUCGCCCCGGCCGGACCCACCCCGGCGCUGGACGCCACGGGGAGGCCAAGCCGGGGGAUUAAAAAAGAAACGUGGGUCUGUGUGUCCGCGUCUGUGCCUCUGUCCGUGCGUCUGUGCCUCUGUCCGUGCGUCUGUGCCUCUGUCCGUGCCUCUGUCCGUCCGUCCGUCCGUCCGUCCGAGCUGAGCCCGGGGCGGCCGACGGUUCAAUAAAGUGCUCUUGUCUUUUA